AUGAUGAUCAACAACCUUUCCGCACCAGCAGCUGCAACAACAUUGAUUUUUAUUUUGGCCCUCCUCAUAACCUUCUCAAACAUUCUUGCUCUUCCCAUUGCAACCAAUGUCAUUCCUGGAGGAAGACAACCCAUCUCUAAUCAAACACUCAUUGAAGAAUUAACAACAUUCAUUCCAAAAGCCUCUUCGAAUGGCGUCUGUCGAGUGACAAGAGUAUUGAGUGCUCAACAGCAAGUUGUGGCAGGAACGAUUUACUAUUUGGUCGUUGAGGUUUCCACAUCGUGUGAUGCAACUUCUUCUCAAACAUUUUGUGAAAAGUUAAAGAUUUUUAGACCUCUUGUCACAAGAAGUGUUGAAAAUCCUCAACUACAAUUGCAGAAGGAACAACGAGUGGAUUGUAAUACACCUGCUUGA